AUGUCUGCUCGAGACACAGAGGCCGAGUCAGGCGGGAACUCUGUCGACGGCUACAACGGAUCGCCAGAAAAGCGCACAAAGAAGAAAAGGAGAGUGUUGUCCUGUUUCGCUUGUCGCGAUCGCAAGAUGAAGUGCGAUCGUAUCUAUCCAGUUUGCGGACGAUGCCAGAAAACAGGGAGAGCUGACCAAUGCGCUUACGAUUCUCGGUUGCUCGAUCGACCAAGAUCAAACGGCAUGGUGCUUUUGGAAGGCGUUGCUGCCUCUUCGGCGACAUCCGAACAGCGCACAGCCGAGAUUCAUGAGGAUAAUGCUUCGUCAGAUACUCUCCGUUGGAAAUUGAGGGUGCAAGAGAGGAGGAUAGAGAUGCUGGAGAGGGAAUUAAUUACCAAAGAGAGCAGAACUCAGUCGCAGUACAAUGUCCACUUACCAGAAGAACCAGAAAUCAAAUCAGAGAGCAUGAUUCGAGGAAAGGGGCUCAGGACACAAUUUCAUGGUCCGACAAGCGUGAUGACUAUGAUUUCGAAGGAUCGUGCGCUUCAAGCCUUCACACGUGAGGCACUUGUAAUGGAUCAGUCUCUAUCGAUCACUAGGGCAGGCUUCAGAUCCAUUCGUGAUCGAAGAAAAGCGAACCUCAAAGAGGUUGGAGCUAGAAGUCAUGGUAUUGAUGCAGAAGUGUUUGCCGCGUUACCUGAGAAGAGCAUCGUUGAUACACACGUUUCCACUUACUUUCAGACUUGGGAGACAACAUACAGAAUCUUGCACGAACUAUCUUUCUUCGAUCAAUACCAAAAGUUCUGGGAACAUGCCCCUGGGGACUACAGCCAAACCAGCUUUGCAGCUCUGCUGGUUCUGAUGAUCGCAAGCACUAAAUGUCUUGCUCCAAAGGAUGACAUCUUUGAGGGUGAUAGUACUGUGGACCGGGAGGCAGCCUCAUGUCUUAUUAACAUAUAUGAGAACUGGGUGAACAGACAAUCUCGGAAACGUCUUGAUCUACUGUUCUUCCAGCUACAUUGCAUGGCAUUGCUCGCAAAAAGAACCAACUGUGUCAAGAUCAAGCAAGACUGGGUCUCCACGGGUGAGGUUGUUCGAUUGGCUAUGGCGUCUGGCAUGCAUCGUGACACUGGCGGAAAGAUAUCCGAGUUCGAAAAAGAGAUGAAGAAGCGGAUCUGGGCCACGAUCAUGGAAUUCGAACUGCAGUCUUCUCUCGAAACCGGUCUCCAAUCCUCGCUGACAGACUUAUAUUUUGACACGCCACCUCCUGUAAACCUCCCAGACCAUGCCUUGGUACCCGACUCGCAGCACAUGCCAGCUACCUUACCAAUCGAGAACUUUACACCGACGUCUUUUCUGGCGGUGUCUUUGGAGUCGCUUCCACUCCGUAUUCACCUUACGCAAUUACUAAACAAUCCAAAUGUUCAUCUUCGAUACGAUGAAGUCCUUCGUUACGACGCACAGCUUCACGCCUUCCUCUCGUCGCUUCCGGUGUGGGAUGAUCCUCGGGCCACGAUACCAUCUGCUUUGCUUGACCUACAGCUUCGUCAGUACCUGCUCAUCAUGCAUCGGCCCUACGCGAAGCUUGCCAUGCAAAACCAGCGCUUCAUAUAUUCUUUCACCGCAUGUGUCGAAGCAGCAAGCUCUAUAAUUUCUGCACAUGAUCGCUUGGUGCACAAAGGGAUUCUAGCUUUGAGCAAUCUACGCAACGACGUGCUACGAGUCGGAAUAGGGCUGUCUCAGGUUGUGUACCAGAAUUGCGAGUUCGACAAUUCUACCGGACCUUCAAGCUCCUCUUCCACUCAGUCUUGCCCACAUAUUGCAGAUGGGACAACCUGUCGUGCAGGAUCUACUUCAGCCAAGGAUGGGAUGCCGGACGACUCGCUAUAUCUUGCUGUUUUGCCUCGAGAAUCCUUUCUGGUCAGAACGCUGAUCGUGUCUUCAGUCGAACUCUUGGGUCGCGCGCACUACAUCUUCGAGCGGAAGGUGAAGCGCCUGGGUACUGGAUACAUGGAGUACUGGCCACUCUCUGCCGCUAUUAGCAUGCUCCCUUCGCCACCAAUGUCAUCCCAACAGGCAACAUUGAUUGAAUCUAUCGCUAUCCCGAACGAGGAUUUGCGCUCCCGAUACACGAAGGCUCUCGAUAGCUUUAAAUCACUGACAUCUGAGGUGAUGUCGAGACAAAAGGAUCCAGCCAUUGUCUCGAUACCUAGUCUUCGUAACAAAACAAGCAAUGCUUUGCCACUCGAUUCCAUGACUGGAACUAGUUUUGGAUCGCCACUUGUCACCAUAGACGAUGCACCGUACCCGCCGAUACCAUGUCUGGCUGGAGGUAUCGACGCCUCCACAACUUCGACUAGUAAUUUCGAUGUAUUGCAUGACACGCAACUUGACUUCGGAGGUUGGAAAUUUCCAGACUUUUGGGAAUUCGAUUUGGCUGGAGAUUUUUGA